CCUUCUAUGUAUGCUUCCACGUCCACCCUUGUGCGCUGCUUCGCUCUAUCAUCUUCUGUCCAGACUCUUCCGACUCGCCGAGGACGUUUUUUUUUUCGUUUACUCAUCGGUCUGUGGAUUCCUCAACGAAAUUUGGGGUGCCUUUUAAAAUCUUCGAAGUGGUUGGACUGGCAAUUGUCCCGAAAAACUUUCUUCACCCUGAAAUCUGCACACACUCAUAUUUAAUUAUGGAAACAUACAGGGAUAUCAGCGAACCCUAGCGCAGGAUCCAGUGAUGUGUGACCCAGUGAUGUGUGACCUGUUACCACUCCGAAAUUGUUCGGCUCAUCAAACCAGGUACCAACCAGCUCUCGUACAUUGAUGCCGAUGGACCCCCGAAACCACUUGAGAAGGCAUAACUUCCAUUUUGGGCUAUUUGGUUCUAAUCGUCGUAGAUACACAUACAAAUAACUUAUUCUUUGCCCAC